AAAAGAGAAACUACACUAUUGCAGAUCAGUUCGCUUUUCUCAUAUCCGAUCCGUCUCUCAUACCAGUUGCAGAAAUCUCCAGAAGCGACGGAGAUGCCGGUCUUCAAAACCCCUUUCAAUGGCUACGCGGUUCGAUUCAGCCCCUUUUACGAGAAUCGCAUACUUGUAGCUACCGCCCAAAACUUCGGCAUCCUCGGCAACGGACGCCUCCACAUCCUCGAUCUCAAUCCAUCCGGCGGCAUCUCAGAGGUCCGCUCCUUCGACACCGCCGACGGGGUCUACGAUUGCGCCUGGUCCGAGUCCCACGACUCUCUCGCAGUCGCUGCUGUCGCCGACGGCUCCCUUAAGCUCUGGGACGCCGCCCUCCCUCCUUCAGCCAACCCUAUCCGAUCCCUGAAAGAACACGCUCGCGAGGUUCAUGCCGUUGAUUGGAACCCCGUUCGUCGUGAUUCCUUCAUCUCCGCCUCCUGGGACGAUUCGCUCAAGCUCUGGACUCUCGAUCGCCCCACUUCUAUACGCACCUUUCGCGAACAUGCAUACUGCGUCUAUUCCGCGGCUUGGAGCCCUCGUCACGCUGAUGUCUUCGCGUCGGCCUCCGGCGAUUGUACAGCCCGCGUAUGGGACGUACGCGAUCCGAGUUCCUCACUUGUGAUCCCCGCCCACGACCACGAGAUACUCUCGUGCGACUGGAAUAAGUACGAUGACUGUUUCCUCGCCACCUCUUCGGUUGACAAGACUGUUCGUGUUUGGGACGUUCGCGCCUCUCGCGCCCCCGUGGCUACGCUUGCUGGCCAUGGCUACGCCGUGAGGCGGAUCAAGUUCUCGCCUCACCACGAGAAUUUGCUCCUGUCGUGCUCCUAUGACAUGACGGUCUGCGUUUGGGACUAUCGUGCGGAGGACGCGUUACUCGCGCGGUACGACCACCACACGGAGUUUGCUGUGGGUGUGGACAUGAGCGUGCUUGUUGAGGGGCUUCUUGCCAGCACAGGCUGGGACGAGCUCGUCUAUGUUUGGCAGCACGGAACGGAUCCGAGAGCCAUGCCUUGAUGCCUUGAAGCUCCGGGUUUGAUUGAUCGGCGUUCGAGGUUGAAGAGUAGGGAAUAAAUUAUUGAAAGGGGGAUGGAGAAUUAAAGAGGAUUGUGGAUUAGAAGCUGGAGGUGGAAGGUAAAUAAGAUAGAAUGUGUUUUGAAUUUCUGUUCUGGUAUGUUGCCUUCUAUCCAUUGAUGAACAGUUAUGGUUUGAAAUUCUCCGUCUUUAUUUUUUACUCUUUUUCUGGAGCGGAAUACAUAGCCAGUUAUUGAUUCUUCACACUUAAAGGGUAAUUCAAUUAUGAAAUAUUAUGCAGUGGAGGUUUCUGCCUUCUGCCAUUUGAUACAUGAUAGUUUAAUGAAAAAUGGAUUUGAUCUA